CCCGCAGAUCUUGAGUCACGUGGGGAGAGGCCACGUGACCGGACGCCCGAGUCCAACAUGGCGGCCUCCAUGGGCCGCCGGCUUCUCUUCCUCCUUGCGCUGCUCGGCUUCCUCCGGCAGGCGUCGGGCGGCCUCGGCUCGGGGGCCUCCCGCGACGACGACGUGCUGCUGCCCUACUCCCGCGCGCGCGCGCGCCCCGCCCGGGACUGCGCCCGGGUGCACGCCGGGCCCCGCGAGCACGAGAGCUGGCCGCCCGCCCGCGCGACCCCCGACGCCCGCGGCCCGGCCGUGCGCGCCUUCGUUUCGCACUUCGCAGGCCGCGCGGUGGCCGGCCACCUGACGCGGGCCGCCGAUCCCCUGCGCACCUUCUCGGUGCUGGAGCCCGGCGGGCCCGGAGGCUGCGCGGCGAGGCGUCGCGCCACCGUGGAGCAGACGGCGCGGGCGGCCGGCUGCAGCGUGGCCCAGAACGGCGGCUUCUUCCGCAUGAACACGGGCGAGUGCCUGGGGAACGUGGUGAGCGACGGGCGGCGGGUGAGCAGCGCCGGGGGGCUGCAGAACGCGCAGUUCGGGAUCCGCCGCGACGGGACCCUGGUCACCGGAUACCUGUCUGAGGAGGAGGUGCUGGACACCGAGAAUCCAUUUGUGCAGCUGGUGAGCGGGGUCGUGUGGCUGAUUCGAAAUGGAAGCGUCUAUGUCAACGAGAGCCAGGCGACCGAGUGCGAUGAGACGCAGGAGACAGGUUCCUUUAGCAAAUUUGUGAACGUGAUGUCUGCCAGGACGGCUCUGGGCCACGACCGGAAGGGGCAGCUGGUGCUUUUCCACGCCGACGGGCAGACGGAGCAGCGGGGCGUGAACCUGUGGGAGAUGGCGGAGUUCCUGCUGAAACAGGACGUGGUCAACGCCAUCAACCUGGACGGAGGGGGCUCUGCCACCUUCGUGCUCAACGGGACCUUGGCCAGUUACCCCUCAGAUCACUGCCAGGACAACAUGUGGCGCUGUGCCCGCCAUGUGUCCACUGUGGUGUGUCUGCAUGAGCCACGCUGCCAGCCGCCUGACUGCAGCGGCCACGGGACCUGUGUGGAGGGGCGUUGCCAGUGCACAGGGCGCUUCUGGCGGGGUGCUGCCUGCGACGAGCUGGACUGUGGCCCCUCCAACUGCAGCCAGCACGGGCUUUGCACAGAGGCUGGCUGUCGCUGUGAAGCUGGAUGGACAGGGUCCAACUGCAGUGAAGCUUGCACCAACGGCUCCUUCGGGGAGAACUGUGCCCAGAAGUGCCGGUGUCAGAAUGGAGCUGCCUGUGACCCGGUUCGGGGGACCUGCACCUGUCCCGCUGGCUUCACGGGAGACACUUGUGUGCAGGAGUGUCCCCUCGGCUGGUACGGGCCGGGCUGCCGGAGGCCUUGUGAGUGUGAACACAGGUGUCCCUGUGACCCCCAGACCGGCAACUGCAGCCUCGCCCAGGCACCCACCCUGAACGACAUCGUCUCCCAAGUGAAGCAGUGUCUCCGGCCAUCGGAGGCCACCGUGAGGACAGGAGAGUUCUCCCUUCUCACCGGGACCACCUGGCUGGCCCUCACCCUGGCCCUGGUCUUCCUUCUGCUGGUCAGCACGGUGGUGAACGUGUCCUUGCUCCUCGGCUCCAGAGCAGAGCGGAGCCGGCACCUGGACGGGACGUACGUCUACCACCCGCUGCAGGAGAUGAACGGGGAGCUCCUGGCCUCCGAGAAGGAGCAGCCGGGCGACGCCCAGAACCCCUUCAAGGACUGAAGCCUUAAAGCAGCCCUCCUGGCCUGUUCUGGAGGCUCGUCUCAACACGGUCUCGCUUCUGCAGGGGAAACGCCAAGGCCACUGAUUGCCGGGGUGGUCUCGGCCCUGGUGCCAAGUGAAGCUUCUGAUAGCCCCUGUGCCUCAGCCCCUCGCCUCGGCCCUCCCCUAGCCGCCUGCACUCGCACCCCCAGCCAUACAGUGCUCCCCGGAGAGAAACUGCCUCCUCCCCCGCCUGCCUGUGUCUGCUGCUCACGAGGCCUGUCCCCCAGGGCCUGGCCCGCUGCCAAAGAGCCUCCGGCCCCCUGGGCAGGGCCACCCGCCAAUGGAACUCACCGUGGCCACACAGUGCCCAAGUGGCGGGGGCCAGUCAGCCCCCUGGACAGGAGUGGAUUAAAGAGACGAUGGCCUCCUCAGAGGAUCCUUUUCUACAGACCUCCUCACCGACUUUGCCGACAAGAAUUCUGUUUCCUGUCACGGGAAGCUCCUUAGAAGGGACGGGGGG